CAGAGUGGCUUUUCUGUCCUGAAAUCGUAAAGCUUUCAAACACAGCAUGUAUUAUAUAACAUGUUGUUUAUUGGUGAUUUCAUGCUCGUCGAAGUUUCCGCUUUUUAACAACUGUAUAAAGUAAUGUUAUUUAUUAUAUAAAUCAACUCAGGUGAAACAAAUGUACGUUUCCAGGGUCGCCGAACCUCGUGUAUCUGGCGUGAGACUCACGCUUUCAGACUCACGCAGGAAAUCUUACCGCAAAUCUAUAUUAUUUCAUUAUAAACCAAAAAUGUUAUACGUCAAAAAUGUAAUUACACGAUUAGAUACCUGAAAAAGUCAGAUAUCGGUUACAUGCAAUGUUUAUACAACUAAUAGGCUACUAAAAUAUACCACAUUAAAUAGUUAGACAUUUUGAUCUUCUGAACCUUUGCUUCAAGAAUUUUAAGUAAACGGCCAACAACCGCUUUAUUUACUUCCGCCCUUCUUCCUUCUCUUUAUUCCCUUUUCGUUUUUGAAAUCCCGAAUUGGGGCGGACAUUGUUCACGUGUGGCAAAUAUCUAGCCCGCUAGCUAACAAGCAUAUCGUACUGUAUAAGUAAUGUCUAAGCCGUUAAGUUUGCUGCUGCAACAUUCGGGCUUAAUGAACUAGGUUCAUAUCUUGUCUUCCUGAAGAAAGGCCCCGAAUCUGGACUAAACCGAUUUUCACCACGUAAGAGGGUCUCCUACACUGAGAUCAUUCCCAUAUAUAUACCAUAGAGAUAAUUUAUAUAUGGUUUCCAAAGGAGCGUAGUUUAGGUAACCUUGUCCUAUCCACGUGUAUAAAAUGAGUUUUUACCUAUCGUUUCUGGUGCGCAUUUCACCUGUCUGUCAGGUGCCGCACUUUACAUUCCGUUACAACAAUGUGCAUGGAUGUAAAUAAAUGUAAACAGCUGAAAGUGGGACUGAUCUCAAUGUAGCCCUCCUGCGUGGUGAAAAUCGGCGUCUUUCUUCAGGAAGACAAGAUAUCAACCUACUUCACCAAGCCCGAAUGUUGGAGCAGCUUAGACUUUACCUACUUACAAAGUACGUUAGCUAUCUGGCUAGAUAUAUGCUACACGUGAACAGUGUGCGACACAAGUCGGGAUUUCAAAAACGAAAAGGGAAUAAAGAGAGGGAAGAGGGACGGAAGUAAAGAAAGCGGUUGUUGGACGUUUGCUUUCAUACAAAAGGGCGCUUGUGGCAAAUGCUAUAAGAUGACCGAUCUUGAAACUGGCGACACCUAUGCUGUUAAGGUCAUCCGGCUAUAUUCCUGGGGAGUGGAGGAGGUCUGUGAAGAAGUACAGAUUUUAAAAACACUGCGGCACAAGAAUGUGGUGGGGUUCUCCCACUCUUUCGAAGAUGACAAAUUCAUGUAUAUUUUCAUGGAGUUGUGCAGUGGGCAGACACUCGGUGACAUUUUAAAAGCUCGGGGGACUUUGACUGAGCCCGAAGUGCGAUACUACAUUAACCAGCUGAUUUCAGGGUUAACAUACAUCCACCGGCAAGGUUACGUCCACAGGGACAUCAAGUUGGAAAAUUUAUUUAUCAAUGACCAAAUGGAACUGAAAAUUGGGGAUUUCGGACUGGCGGUCAAGCUGGAGCCGAGGGAGAAAGAAGUGUGUGGUACUCCCGUCUACAUGGCUCCAGAAGUGUGGAAACGAGAGGGCCAUGGAACGGAAGCGGACGUCUGGGCACUGGGCUGUGUCAUGUACCAGCUUCUGGUUGGGGAAAUCGCAUUCUACGAUGACGAUUACUGGGAGAUGCUCAAGAAUAUAAAGGAAGCCAAAUUUAUUCUACCGCAGAAUCUCUCUAUUGAAGCUGGGAAACUGAUGGGCAAGAUAUUUAGAAUCGACCCACGGGAUCGCCCGUCACUAUCGAAUGUCCGUCGCCACAAGUUCUUCACAAAGGGCUUCACUCCAAAGACACUGCCAGCUAGUAGCUGCAAUACACCACCAAAGCAUAAAGCAGUCAACCCAUUCAAAAAGAUUUUCAACCGUUUCAUGCGCCUGAUACGAAAAAAGCGAUCCAGAGUUGAGCCUUUACGGGAGGAUGCCGAGCAGAGUGGACUUGAGAUCCCCCAGCCUGUGGAGUCACUCCGUGUUCUAGAGGAUGUCAACAGACCAAUGAACAAAUUGACCUGGUCCAGUUGGUCAAAGUGGUUGAGGGACCUGUAGGCAGGCUGUACUCAGCAAGUGCAGUGACGCCCCACACCUGAGUGCCUCCCCCAGCUCCCUGUCCACUCCUG